GCGUCGUAUGAAUGUGGCAACAAGUUUUCAGUAAUCUGGAUAGGAGAAGUUGUGCCAUGAUGUGUUAAUUGCCUUAGUAUAUGAGUACAUGCCCAGAAAGCGGGCCCAUCAAGGGCCCGCUGCGCUGGGCAUAGGUUAACAACUAGACAGGUUGACUACUAAGAGACAGAAAGACAAACGAAAAAAGUCGCCAAGUCUGCUCGCCAAGGCUGGGAAGCUGGCCCCCACUGUGGCGAGGCUAGUGAGGAGGUUACCGCUAUGGCUACUGCCUUGGCCAACUUGCUUGCUAGGGGCAAGCCAAUGGGCGCCAAGGCUGGCCCGCUGAGCGUCAUGGAGUCCAUGAGAAGGCCACGCUUGGACAUAUCAAGGCACAGAGGUCAGGCCCUUUUGAGUGUGAUCAUGUCCAGGAGAAUCCUAAAGCAUAGCAGACCCAUGGGAUGGCAAAAGGCUGACACUGGCGAGCGUCAUGGACGAGGCCCAUGAGAAAGCCACGCUUGGGCAUAUCUAUGCGCAGAGCCAGAAGCUGGGCCCCAACCUUCAGGCGCGGGGAUGUGUCUAGGAGGUUGGCUGUUUCAUGGACAUGACGCAAGACGCCCACCACGGUCCGCGCCUCAGACAUGCAAUGGCCCACAGUUAUCAUUCUCACACACAGGCAUCGACGUCCUCAGCCUUCACCGACGGAGAUGCAUGCGCCUGGCCUUCUCAUGGACAUGAUGACGCCCGCCAGGGUCCACCCUUAUCUACUUUCUCACAGACAUCGACUUCCUCAACGGCUUCGACUUUCACAGGCAAAUCAGUAUACCUCUGGCCUUCUCAUGGAUAUGAUGACGCUCACCAGGGCCCACGACCCUUCAGACACGCAAGUGCUCAAGGCUAUCACUCUCACAGCCAUCGACAUCCUCGACGGCUUCGACUUUCAAGCACAGAGAUGUACAUCGUUGGCCUUCUCAUGGAUAUGAUGACGCUCACCAGGGUCCACCCUUCAGACAUGCAAGUCCUCACGGCUAUCAUUCUCACAGACAUCGACAUCCUCAACGGCUUCGACUUUCAAGCGCAGAGGUGUAUACCUUUGGCCUUCUCAUGGAUAUGAUGACGCUCACCAGGGUCCACCCUUCAGACAUGCAAGCCUUCACGGCUAGGGCUAUCAUUCUCACAGACAUCGACAUCCUCAACGGCUUCGACUUUCACACACAGGCAGAGACGUAUGUCUUUGGCCCUCUCGUUGAUGUGAUGACGCUCACCAAGGUGGGCCCACCCUUCAGACAUGCAAGUCCUCACGGCUAUCAUUCUCACAGACAUCGACAUCCUCAACGGCUUCGACUUUCAUACACAGAGAUGUAUAUCUUUGGCCUUCUCAUGGAUAUGAUGACGCUCACCAGGGUCCACCCUUCAGACAUGCAAGUCCUCACGGCUAUCAUUCUCACAGACAUCAACAUCCUCAGCGGCUUCGACUUGCGCGCGCAAAUUUGCACACCUUUGGCCUUCUCAUGGGUAUGAUGAUGCUCACCAGGGUCCACCCUUCAGACACGCAAGCGCGCACGGCUAUCAUUCUCACAGCCAUCGACAUCCGCAACGGCUGCGACUUUGAAGCGCCGAGAUGUAUGUCUUUGGCCUUCUCGCGAAUCAAUCUGAUCACGCUCGUCAGCCUCUGCCUUUUCAAGUGCUCACCCUCUCCCUUACAAUUCUCCCGCUUUUGUGCUGGUUAGAAGUAUACUGGUCAACCAUCUCCAAGGGCUGCCGCGCGCUUCUGUGCCGUGGUCGAUUGCUGUGCGCGGAAGGUAGUCGCGGAAGGGGAGCGAGCUAACUUUUUUCCAAAAACUUCAGGGAGGUCGUUCAUUUUUCUCUGUAUUUGAAUGACCUCCCUGAAGUUUUUGAAAAAAAGUAAAGGCGUUGGGCGAUAUAUGACAAGGGUAGCGGUUGGAAGUUCGUUGGGGCGAUUCGCUAGGGGUGGGCGCGUAGUGUCUUGCUGCAGAUGUGGCUGGUGUACGUGAGUAGCCUACAAACUAACAGCCGCGAACACGUUAGCACGCUCUUGACACUUUUGAACUCGUAGUACUAGCAAGGUCCUUAAGGAGCCGCUGUUAUUAGCCCAAGUUUAUAACAGCUUGUCCUUAAGGGUCCUCCUUAAGGGAAUUUUUUUCCUCUUAAGGAAAGUUAUAAUAACUUUUUAUAAUAAAAAUUCCUUAAGGAAAACGAUUUCCUUAAGGAAGCUCCUUAAGGGAGCUCCUUAAGAGAUUUCUGGGAAUUGCUAAUACUAUAAAUACUAAUAUUUACUCGACUGAAAGUUUUUUUUAUCGACCAGAACUAUCUUGUUGGGAUGGUUCCCAGCAGAAGCAUGGAAACGAUGGAAACAAUACCACAACGGCGCUACUUUGGAUUAGAUUGAAGAUUUGAAAAUGAAAUGGAUCGCUGUGAAUUCCGAAAGAUUAUUCUAGAAUAGUAAGUCGUUGUUGUAGAAGAAGAAGUAAUGCUGGC